UGUGCUCCGGGUGGACACACAGAUCGGCUAACGGCUAACGGAGUACACACAGCGCUUUAACACACACACACACACACACACAGGACACACGGAAGCAGAGUUACUGUAAAGCUCCAUCAGCACCGAGCGUCGAGCCCGUGGAUCCUGUGAGGAGAACCUCAGCGUGACGUCGCCGCGCCUUUCAGCAACUUCUCUCUCAGCGGUGUUAUAACUGAUGGCCCAGAAUGUCUACAACUAAUAACAUAGCACAGGCCAGGAAACUGGUGGAGCAGCUGAGGAUCGAGGCAGGCAUCGAGCGUAUCAAGGUGUCAAAGGCGGCCGCUGAUCUGAUGAGUUACUGUGAGCAGCACGCACGCAGCGACGCCCUCCUGGUGGGCGUACCCACCUCCGAAAACCCCUUUAAAGAUAAAAAACCCUGCAUUCUCCUAUAGCCUCUCUUUCUUUCUCUCUCUAUCUCUCAUCCUUUCAUCAGUCAUUCUCUUCACCUGUCUGUCUAUCCUCCCUACUUAAUCCAUUUUAUUUUAUACAUUUUUUUUUUUUUUUACAAUUUUCAGUUUUUUUCCCUAUGCUACACACUACCUAGUGAAGAGGAGAAUAAAACACUUGUCUCCUUCCACACUGAGAACGAGGGAUGAGUGUGUACAUGAUGAAUGAGUGACAGUGAGGUGAAAAUUAAAAGUAGAUGAAAAUACGGGAUUCCUACAGCGGAGCGCUGGUCCGGUCGCAUCCCGAUCCACAUCCUGCUCCCUACAUAGUGCGCUGCUGCUGCUGCUGCCGGUUUGGUGCUCACGUUCACUCCCACAAUGCACUGCAGCAGGGGCCGUACGUGAUGUUGUAAGCAUGGUGUAGGGUGUAGAGAGCGGGGUGUGGUUUGGGACGCAGGCAGGGACUCAUGUUCUCAGUGUGUUCCACUCUUUCUUUAUUCUCUACUUGUUUUAUUUCCACGGAGAACGCUCCUGCGCGGAGGUUUCACACACUUUUCACUAUCGCAGACAUCGGUGUCGCGGAACAUCCAAGUGUUAAUCAGCGUGUGGAGAACCGCAGUGCUCCAGCGAGGGUUCUGCAGUACAGAGGUGUCGGUUCUGACCUACCUCACCCUCAGUUCUCCCUGACUCCAGUGAAGGUCUAUCUGGAGCUCUGAUUGUAAAGUCUACACAAAACCCGUGAACCCCCGUGUAUAAACUUUGUUUAGAGUAGCGUUGCGUGUGUGUGUGUGUGUGUGUGUGUGCGUGUGCAUGUGCGCGCGCGAGUGUGUGCACACGACUCUUUAGCUCUAGCAGUGUGUUGUGCUUUUCUUUCGCUGUACAGUGUUUGAUAAACGGAGGUGCGGUUCUCCUCUGUCUUUUAUUUCCAGCUCUGUUCCUUUUUACUUCCUCCUUCACCUGUUGGAUUUCAGGUUCCACUUAUUUCUCAGUGUGUGUGUGUGUGUGUGUGUGUGUGUGUGACUGUUUUUAAUUAUAAUUUUUUUUUAUUCACAUGAUGAUUCUUGGUCUCAACAGGUUCUUAAGUAAUUAGCACGGUUCUAAGAUUCGGCAGUCUAGUUUCACAAAGGGUGCAGACUCCUCAGCGUGAAGGUUCUAGAAUUUGUGAGAUGAAGAUUCCAGAAAGUUUGAGAACUUCACACAGACGGUUAAAUGAAGAACCCUCUGUGCAGAGGUUCUAGGACUUUUCAGACAUACUGGUUUUAGACUAGGGUGAGUUAGUAGAACCCCCAGCGCAAACAUGAUGAUGGUGGUAAGGGUUUUAGAAUCCUCAGCUUAAAACAUCCAAUGUGAAGCUUCUAGAGUUCUAGAACCGUCCGUGCACAGGUAACAGCGCAGUGGCUGUUGAAGUUCUAGACUCCUGAGCGCUAGAAAUCUAAACACUGCUGAAUACUCUGGGCUCUGUGGGUUCUAAGCUCCUCCUCUAAAGUAAGGUUCUAGACUCCGUGGUGCAGUGGACGGGUUGUACAUUGUGAAGGUUCUAGGAUCCUCAGUGUGAAGGUUGUAUAAUUCUGGGUUUCUAUACAGUACCUGCCUGGUUAUUUAAAAUGAAAGUGUGUGUGUGUGUGUGAGUUCAAGUCUCUGUAUGGGUUGUGUCCUAAACCAGCUCCACGAUUACGAGCUAUAACAAAGGUUUUCAUGACAACCAGCCAGAAAACAGCAAAACAAGUGGUUUUGGUUCACAGCCCGAGGCUGGAGCGGUCCUGGUUCUGCUUUCGUCCAGCGCAGCCUCACUUGUGUGGUUGGGCCACAGGUUGUGUGAGGUCACAGCAGUACAUGCUGCGUAAGCGGUGUUCCUGCAGCGUGAGUGUCAUUUAGGCAGGAGUAGAACCUUCAGGAGAACAGCAGCUGAAGGGGGACACACAGCGGCUUACUGACGUGUGUGUGUGUGUGUGUGCGUGUGUGACUAAUCUGACCCCGGUUUAACAAAUGGGCGUUUAAAGCAACGAAAAAACAUUCAAGUGCCAAUUUUAGUGAUUUAUUGUUGUUUUUUAGGACCAAACAGAAUUGUUGGGGCUGAGUGUGUGUGUGUGUGUGUGUGUGUGUGUGUUUAAAAGUGAAACCUCUUGUGCUCCUAAAACAGGCCUGAAGCGGAACACGCAGGUCGGCUGCAGUUUUUAAGUGUGCACAGAGUUCGGGCCGUGUUCUGUCACCUGACCUCUGACAUCACUUCCUUUGAGCCGGGUGCCAAAUUCUGUGAUCAGUCAAACGUAUUACAUCACUUCCUGUUUGACGGUCCAGAAUUUUUUUUUUUCACACAAGUGACUCGAACUUCAAACCAAUAACUCUCCAAUUAAAAAGUAUGGUGCGAAAGUAAUGGCGCCUUCAUCAUGUAUGUAAAGACCAGCAUCCUUAUUAUCUCCGGACGUAGAGAUUUAACAGCAAGAAGAACAGAUAACGCUGUACACACCUCUUACAGUUUGGUUUAAAAACAAAAACCUUGAUGUUCAGAGUGUUUAAAUCUGGGCUUAAAUAUUGAACCACGUGCCAACUUUGUGUGUGUGUGUGAGAGAGCAGCAUCUGAUUUGUGUAAAAAUCCCAGACUCUGGAGAUUCAGUGCCAAGUUUCACUAACAGUUCAUUUCAGUGAAAUACAAUGAUAUUGAAGACUGUGUGCGCGUGUGCGCUCCAUCUCCAUCCGUCACUGUGUGCUGUUCUUCUCUCCGUGCAUCCUUUCUGCCUCGAUUAUGAAGAUAUCUCUAUUUUUUGUAACUGUUUCUCUCAGAUGUGCCAUAAAUCAUGUUUUCUUGCACACUGUUAAUAUUUUGUGGAUUUAAAAAAAACGCUGUUUAAACUUGAAGAAAAAAAAAAAGAA